CAUAUAUGGGCAUGUCGGCAUAGUAACAGCUGACGUGUGUUUCUAAAAACAGACUCAAGUGUGACACGACUUUUCUAGCUCGCCUCCUUCACUUUUUGCCCUCUGGGACGCCGUGUCUACCGCGUCCAUCAUGGAGAGUCUGGAAAAGCAGCUCAUCUGUCCCAUUUGUCUGGAGAUGUUCUCCAAACCUGUGGUCAUCUUACCAUGUCAACACAACCUCUGUCGCAAGUGUGCCAACGACAUCUUCCAGGCAUCCAACCCCUACCUGUCAACCAGAGGUAGCUCCACCUUGUCUUCAGGAGGUCGCUUUCGCUGCCCGUCCUGCCGCCAUGAGGUGGUUCUGGAUCGCCACGGAGUGUAUGGACUGCAAAGGAACCUUCUGGUGGAGAACAUCAUUGACAUGUAUAAACAAGGAACCAGCAGCAAAGUGACACUACCGGCAAUAGAAAGAGUUGAGCAUCCCACUUGCGAUCAGCAUGAGAAUGAGAAGAUCAACAUCUACUGCGUGAGCUGCGCCGCUCCCACGUGUUCCUUGUGCAAAGUGUUCGGAGCUCACAAAGACUGUGACGUGGCGCCUCUCGAAGAUGUCUUCGCCAAGAAGAAGGCCGAGCUGAGCGAGUGCAUCGCAAUGCUGGUGGGCGCCAACGAGAGGAUUCAAGCCGUCAUCGCUCAGGUGGAGCAGACGUGCAUAGUUGUGGACGACAACGGUCGCAGACAGAAAUCGAAGGUUUGCGAGUCAUUCGACCACCUCUUCGCCAUGCUGGAGGAACGAAAAAGUCACAUGAGCGUACGAAUUAACACUGAGCAGGAGGAGAAGAUGGACUACAUCAGGGGCCUGAAGAGAAAGUACAACGAACACCUGGAAAAUACAAUCAAGCUUGUGGAGACCGGCAUCCAGACCAUGGACGAGUCUGAGAUGGCUGUCUUUCUGCAGGCUGCCAAGCCGCUGCUGCACAAGAUCAUGGCAGGCUGUGACAUUUCUCACCUGGACAAAGUUCAGCCUGGAUACGAGAAGAUGGAGCACUUGACAGCAACCUUUGAGCGUCAGAGGAGGGCGCUGAUGAGCUUGGGCUUCCUGAAGCCAGGCGAGGAUGAGGAUGGCAAUAAAGAGAAUAAAGCCGUGGAAGUCAGAAGGUCAAAAUUGGGCGGAGUAUCAGGACUUGCAGCCAAUCAUCAGCCUGCUCCUUCACAGUCACACAUUGUUGGACCCUUAAUGGCCCCGCACGCUCCAACCUUACAGGCCAAAGUUCCUCCUACAGACAGCCAGGCUCCGCCCUCUUCUACCACACCUAUUGCUCCCACCUUCACACAGGCAUCAGGUGAUCAUCAGAACAACGUAGAUGACACAGAUGACGUAAACAAACAUGUCUUCUCCUUUAGCUGGCUCAACCACAAGUGACUUCCUGCUACUCUGCAUCUUACUCUUUCUCAUCUUCUUACUGCCAUUUACUUUUCCCUCAUGAUCCUCCUUUUCAUGCUCUUCAUUCUCCUCUUCCUCAUCUUACUCCUCCUCUUCCUCCUCCUCAUCCUACUCGUCCUUUAUUUUCUUAUUUAUGUUCAUGAAAUAUUUCAAAUUUUAUAUCAAUACAAUACACAUUUGUGUGCGCGCGUUUUAGCGUAUUGCAACAACAGACACCAGGUUAGAAUCAGGCGAUUGGACGUAAAAAACAGACUCUAUUAAUAUUUCACUCAAUGUGAAUGGAAGUAGACUUGCGGGGGAGCCAAGAUGUAAUUCCAAGGUUUUAUUUUGAAAAGUGAUGCCAGCGGCUGCAGUGUGAUUGUGUACCAAUUUUAGCAUACAGUAAAUCGGAUAACAAGUAAAUACUUAUACUGAUACUAAUACCGAUACUUCCAUCCAUCCAUCCAUCCUGCCACCGAGGAGCUUCUUAACGCUCUAAAUCUAAUUGUGACCUCGGCCCCAGAAUUAGGAGAGCCCACCGCGGAGUCCCCAAGCACUGCUUCCUCAUUGGGAGAUGUGUAGGUGGGAUUGAGGCGGUCUUCGAAGUAUUCUUUUCACCGAUCCACAACAUCCCCAGUCAACAUCUGCAGCACACCGUCCCCACUAUACACGGUGUUGACAGUGCACUGCUUUCUCCUCCUGAGGCGGUGGAUGGUGGUCCAGAAUCGCUUCGAAGCCGUCCGGAAGUCGUUCUCCAUGGGUUCUCCAAACUCCUCCCAUGUCCGAGUUUUUGCCUCUGCAACUGCCAAAGCCGCACACCGCUUGGCUUGUCCGUACCUGUCCACUGCCCCCGGAGUCCCAUGAGCCAAAAGGACCCGAUAGGACUCCUUCUUCAGCUUGAUGGCAUCCCUCACCGUUGGUGUCCACCAGCAUGUUCUGGUAUUACCGCCACGGCAGGUACAGACCACCUUGCGGCCACAGCUCCGAUCAGCUGCCUCGACAAUAAAGGCACGGAACAUGGUCCACUCGGAAUCAAUGUCCAGCGCCUCCCUCCUAACAUGUUCGAAGUUCUCCCGGACGUGGGAAUUGAACCUCUCUCCUACAGGUGACUCUGCCAGACGUAUCCAGCAGACACUCACUAUACGUUUUGGUCUGCCAGGUCUGUUUGGCAUCCUCUCCCACUAUCGGAGCCGACUCACCACCAGGUGGUGAUCGGUUGAAAGCUUCGACACUCUGUUCACCCAAUUGUCCAAAACAUGAGACCUCCAUUUGUAGUGUAAUAAUGUCGUUGUCAUUUCUGUGUUAUUAUUAAUAAUUACUUCACUAACUGCUUCUUUGCUAUCACUUUUCGUAUCAUUUUUGUACAUAUCGUAUUUGCUGAUGCUGUUCUGUUGUUGUUGUUGUUGUUGUUGUUGUUGUUGUCUCUCCGUCUUAUCUCUCUCUUGUCCCCGCAACUUCCCCCUCUGUCUUCCUUUUUCUCUCUUUUGUAUCCCCUCCUGUUCCGGUCCGGCUGCGCCAAACAAUAAUAUAAAUCCAUUUAAUAAGGUCAGAUACAAAUAAGGCAACAAGAGAAGCAUCCCACACUUCUCUUUUAUAAAGUAAAUAUGUACAGAAAAUAUGGGCAUCUACAUCAACAAUAUGAUUUGCCUGAGUAGCUGGACAGGAAUGAAAUAAAUAAAAAAAUAAAAAUAAAUACAUGAGACCCUUAAAUCCAAUGAUGCAACCACAACCACCAAACUGCGGGCCAAGUGCACAUAUGGACACCCUUAUGUCUGAACAUGGUGUUUGUUAUGGAUAAUCUAUGACGAGCACAAAAGUCCAAUAACAAAACACUCUCGUUCAGAUCAGAGCGGCUGUUUGUCCAAAUGUGGUCAUUGUGCCUUUAAUUUUGUGAUUGUAAUCAAAAUAAAACACGUUUUAUUUCUAUACAAAUACAUACAUUUCAAUUUUCAUUUUCAUUUCGUUCAUAAAAAAAAACAAAAAAAAACAAUAAACGAAUGAAUGAAAAGGAGCGAAAAGAUGUAUAAACCUAUAACAUCUGCCCCCCUAUUUACACAAACACAACAUAUGUUGUUUAACUUAGAAGACAAUAAGGCCACUUUUCCACUGCACAACAUACAACAAAACAAACAAACAAAAAUAAAACACAAUUUUACUCAACAUUAUAUGUUUUCAUCAUUUUGAUUUGUGCAUGUGUUUAUUUACAGAAAGAGAUUAACAUUGUUUUGUUUCAACAUCCAGUUUGUUCUAACACCUUUGAUUGACAUGCUUCUUUCUAUUGUCUUUGUUCUAAAAUUCAAUUUUUAAAAAGCUCAGUUUAUUUUAGGUUAUAAUUACUGUCUCUUUUUACAAAUUUGUUUUGGUUGUUGUGAGAAUUUUUCUAUGUGCUUUAUAUGUAAUUUUAGGAUAUUGUACUCUACCAGCUAUUCAAAUUUCAAAAAGUUUAACUCUUUGAAUAAUGGGUUUGUGCAGGGUUGUCUGUAUGCAUUUCCACUAUUGACUUUUACAGCUCUCUCCUGUAAAAGGAAGAUUGGAUUUAAAUAUGUUUUACAGGCGGGAGCUAGGUGGCGACUUGUCCAGGUUGUACCCCACCUUCUGCCCGAAUGUAUAGCUGGGAUAGGCUCCAGCACCCCUGAGAGGGACAAGCGGUAGAUAAUGGAUGGAUGGAUGUUUUACAGGCUCUACCCCACACUUCAACCCAAUAUGUCAGAUAUGGAACAAUCAGUGAAUUAUACAAAAUAUAUAAUGCUUUUUGAAUUAGCAAUUCCUUCAUCUUGUGUAAAAUAGAAAAAGAUUAAAAUAUUUUUACUUUUGUAAAAUGUAUAUACGAAUUAUAUGACACAUUUUCGUCAAUCAUAACACCCAAAAACGUAAUAUCUUUUGUUCAUUGAAUCUCAAUUCCAGGAUACAGUUAUGUUGACUGCAUAUAAAACACACUUAAACCAUUUUGGAAGCCAUAGAACCAAGAUUUUUACAAUUUCUCCAAUAAUACGUUAUGAUCAAGCGUAUCAAACGCUUUUUGAAGAUCUACAAAAGUACUAGCUAUCUAUCGCUGUUGACAUUUCCUCUGCCAAAUCAAUUAUUGCUGUUGUAAUUGAGUGACUAUGUUGGUAGAUACCACUAUAAUUUUGCCUCAUCCCUCACUUUAAGCGUGAGUGAAGAAUGUGUGAAGAAUGCACUACCAACCCGAUAAGUCCGAAAGGGAAAGGGUUGAUACAACAUUAUCUGCUCACAGACGUUACCUGGUGGUUGUUUGAGCACACAGCAGCUAGUCCUGGAUUGUCCCAUUCCUUAAUGUAACAGUACCAUGCAAGAUUAUCACAGUUAUGAGGCAAAAAUACAGUAGUACCUACUGUAACAGCAACAAUUUCUCUAAGAUCUUUGAGAACUGUGGAAGCAGUGAUAUUCGUCAGUAAUUCGAGUACCUGCUUGGUUCCACUUUUGUAAAGUGCAAUUAUUUUGGCAGUUUCCAUAUGAUUUGGAAAUACUCCUUUCACUAAUGACAAAUUACAAAUCUAUGAUGCUCUUUAUGAAUAACAUGUUCAUGUCUACAUAGUCGCUUGAAGUCUUAUUUGGACACUGCUGCAAAAUUGUUUAUAUUUAAUAGUGUCCACUUUAUCAAGAAAAUACUACCAACGUUAUGUAUUAUACUUUAUACAAUUAUCGACAUUAAUUUUUGGUAUUUGUUUAACCAAAGUAGGGCUGAUGUUUGCGACACAAUUAUUAAAAUCAUUUAAUACAUCAUUUUUUUUUAUAAGCAUCUUUAUAAUCUUUGUUGAAAUAGCUUGAAAUUGUAAGUUUUUUCUUUUUCUUUUUUAGAAUGUGCCUUUUGUGUUAUCUAUAUUUUUGUCUAACAAGUGACUAUAGUAUUCCUUUUUAUGUCUUCUCAUAAUUCAUAUCAAUUAGUUUUUAUUUUUUGUACCUCUCUUCUGAAUAUUUUGUCCUUGAUUUUAAAAAACAUUCUAUAUAAAAUAUUUUUUUCGGACAAUGAUUUUUAUCCAAUUUGUCUAUGGUGUGUUAAUUGACUUAUUUUUCCAUUGCCUCCAAUUGUAAUUAUUUUACAGUUCUUAUCAUACAGACUAAUUAAUAUAUUCAUAAAUGAGUAUUCACAUCAUCUUUGUACACUUCAUCCCAUGGGUUUCUUUAGGUUUUCUUUCAAAGCACUUCAAAAUGCUUUUCCUGAUCUAUUUCUUAUGAAUAUCUCUUUUGGGUCUUGUACUAACUACAGUAAUACAUUGGUUCUCAAUCAGAAAAUACAGCCACUGUGACACUAUUGUUCAUUUCUAAUUUUGUAUUAUUUUUUAUUAAUGUUUUUAAUGAUAAUAUCAAUGAGGGAUUUUUAAUCACUGCUAUUUUGAAAUUGUUACUAUAUUGAUGCUGUUGUCGAUAAUGUUCAUUUUUGUUUCACUACAUUUGGAUGGUUCCGUGUCAUGUUUGUGUGUCCUCAAUUGUUCUCAAUUGCUCUGUUUAUUGUUGUUCUUAAUGUUGCUGGGACGGGUUUGGUUUUGGAAUUGGAUUGCAUUA